AUGAGAAAAGGUCACGCCGUUCAAGCGUGCUCCAGUAAAUUCACUUGUCGCUUGUGUCAACGUAAGCAUCAUACGACGCUUCACCUUGACUCGGACUUUCAACCGAAAGCUCUAGACGUCGUGCCGACGAGUCCGCUGUCCCAGCCCGACACGACAACCAAAGAAGAAGUAAAUUCACUGUUUACAUUCUCAAAUGCUACCGCGCGCGUACAUGUAUUGCUCGCUACGGCUUGGAUAACGGUCGGCUCGUCGUCAGGUCGUUUCGUCACGGUUCGAGCACUGUUAGAUCAAGGGUCGGAAAUGACCUUCAUCACAGAGAAACUCGCUCAAUGUUUGCGCUUGAAGCGAAUUCGCUUGCCAACAACUAUUUCGGCAGUUGGUUGUGUCAACGCCGGGACAUACCGCUCCGCGGCUACAAUCACAAUUUCUCCGCGUGAUCGCACGGCACCGGCAUUCUCGACGACCGCGUUGAUUUUGAAAUCUUUAACGUCAUACAUUCCACCACGCGUGGAAACUGAGCUCACUUUGAGUCAUCUCGCGGAUCUUCCAUGGGCAGAUUCUGAUCCCAUGAGCACAGAUCCCAUUCAAAUUCUUGUUGGCGCUGAUCUUUACGGCGAGUUGAUUCUCGACGGCCUCCGGAAGGGAGCCACCGGCCGACCGAUUGCUCAGAACACCGUGUUAGGUUGGAUUAUUUCCGGACCUAUGGCCUCCUCUCUAGUCUCGUCACACACGUCAUCAAGCCCAUUGUCAAGCACUCCUCCGUUCGUGACCUCACAUUUUUGUUCUCAAGGCGAAUCACUCGAAGCCGAGUUACGCCGCUUCUGGGAAGUCGAGGAAAUUCCCCGAUCUUCCAUUCUUAGCCCGGCUGACGAACAAUGCGAAGAGCAUUUUCGUCAAACCCAUUCGCGCUGUCCGGAUGGUCGAUACAUGGUUCGUUUGCCGUUCAAAACCGGCCCUCCUAUCAACAUCGGCCAUUCCAGAGCCAUUGCGGACAAAUGUCUACAACGCCUCACUCGGAGGUUGCAACGCAAUCCGGAGCAGCAGAAAGAGUAUUCAGAUUUCCUGCGGGAGUAUGAAAAGCUAGGUCAUAUGCAAGAAGUACCGCGGUCUCAAAUAGAUAAUGCGCAAAACGUUUACAUUCCCCAUCAUCCGGUCAUUCGUGAAGACAGCGUGACAACUCAUUUAAGGGUUGUAUUCAAUGCGUCGUGCUUGACUGCGAACGGAUCCUCCCUGAAUGACCACCUCCUGACAGGACCUAAGCUUCAACAAGAUCUGCCGGCUGUCUUAUUACAAUGGCGACAAUCUCGAUACGUGUACACUGCGGAUAUUACAUAG